GCUUCUGCACUCCGGGAGAGUUGGCACUCAGCAGGUGUCGCUCCUUUAUUUGAAGUCUGUCACCUGCCAGUAGAUGGGUCACUUGAGUAUCAAACCUCGCUUGUUUGAUUCACGGCUGUGUUUCACCCGUCUGAUCUCUCUACAAAAACGUGUGACCCUUCCAGAUCCUCACUGCACGAGGGCAUUCAUCUCUGGAGUGAGACCUCCUUAAGAAAAGUGUCAUCAAGGGUGAUGGCUGGACAGCAAGCACACUGCUCAUCCCUGAGGCAAUGUUUGUUUCUGCGAAGCAAUGUUCUAAGCAUGUCAUCAGGCAUCCAAAUAAAAACAAAGACUGCCACACCUAAAAGCAAGACAUGUUCUCCAGAAUCACACCCAAAGCCCAGUGACAAGCUGAAUCCUAAAACUAUUGAUCCAUUUCGUGCUUAUUCUCAACCACAAUCUGCAUUUGCUGCUACAUAUGCUAGAGGUGGCAUUCCAUGCAGGUUAGUGCAUGGAUCAGUAAAUCACAAACUGCACUGGGAAUGCCCUCCUGAAACUCUUCUCUUUGAUCCUCUUCUUUUAACAUUGGCAGAGGGACUAAGAGAGACAAAACAUCCCUAUACUUUUGUUUCCAAGGAGGGUUUUAAAGAAUUACUUCUGGUUGAAGGUGCUGCUGAAAAAGCUAUUCCCUUGUUGCCUCGUCUAGUUCCAGUCUUAAAGGCUGCACUGGCCCAUGUGGAUGAUGAAGUUUUUGGAAGGGGAUUGGACGCUUUAGUGCAAUUGAGUGCUGUUGUUGGCCCAUCUCUUAAUGAUCAUCUUAAGCUUCUACUCACAAAUCUUCUGAAGAGAUUAAUGGACAAGAAAUAUAGAGAAAAAGUUACUGUUGCUUUACAAAAGUUGGAGCACCAUGGUGGAAAGGCAACUGUGGCUAUCAUAAAAUCAAAAAUUCCAACCUAUCGUUCUAUCUACUCUUGAACAAGGCAAUGGUAGUGAUUUGUACUGUAAGGUGAAGUUUGGAAACAAACUGUCUGUAAAUAUCACUGAUUUAUUUGGGGUAUGAUACGUUCUCUUAAAGUAAUAAUAAUUCUUCAGUAUGAUGGAGUACAGGAGUCUUACCAGUUUGUGAAUAUGUAAUUAUGGAAGACUUUAUAUAUUGUAUAUGCAUUGGGCUUACAAUGACACUGAUUAAUGUGCUAUUAUUUCAAAAGUAGAAUAAAUAUUGAUUCUUAUUUAGUUUUAAAUUACAAUAUAUUAUAUCUGCAGCUUAAUAUGUUUUGUAUAUUUGUGUGAUUCAAAAUAAUUUGCUUGUAAUUACUUAAAUAAAAUCUAACUUGGUGCUAAA